UUAACAGAGUAUUUUGUUAUUUAUUUAACUAAAAUCAAUUUUAGUUUUAUUGAAUUUUGUUGUAUAAAAAAAACAAUAUUUUAUUUUUACAUAAAUAUAAUGUUUUUAUUAUCAUUGAUUUUUUUCAGUUUCAUUUUAUCAAUAUAUGCUAUCAUUAGAAAAAUCUAUAAAGAAUAUGAUCACCAGAGUCGACUGCCUCCCGGUCCCCGAAAUUGGCCACUAAUUGGAAACGUUUUAUCGGUUAUGGGCGCCAAUUCAAAAACUUUUGUCGAUUGGUCCAAAAAGUAUGGACCAGUAAUUGGUAUACAAAUGGGUUCGUCUCCCACUGUAUUACUUAACGAUUGGCCGACAAUAAAAGAUGGCCUCUCUCAGGACACAAAUCUUGACCGACCCGUUGAUAAUAUUUUUUCAUCAGUUGGUCCAAAGGGAUUAAGUUCAAUGAACGGACAGGAAUAUAGAGAACAGAAACGAUUUUUAUUAUAUUAUUUUAAAAUCAAAAGAUCGGGAAAGACAUCGUUGGAAGACCUGAUAGUCAAUGAGAUUAACCGGUUGUCCGAUAUAAUCGAUACGACUACUACUGGUGGUUGUGAAACAAAAAUCCGAUCCUUGUUUGGCAUCAGUUUGUUUAACAUUGUCAGCCAAUUUGUAUUUGACAAACAAUUUGAUUAUACAGAAAAAAUGUUGAAACUAAUUGACCAAUUGGUUAGCGCCAACCCUACACUGGCGUUGAACACUGUUUUUGCACAGUUUCCGAUUAUUAACAGAUUUUUGGUCAAAUAUUUUAAAUUUUUGUUACCAGAGUCAGCCAAUGGACGAGCAAUGGAUGAAAUUAUUUCUCUAAUAAAAAAUGAAAUUAAAUCGCACGAGAAAACAGUGGAUACAAGUAAUGCUCCCAAGGAUUAUAUCGAUGCCUUUAUUAGUGAAUCCCUUAAACACAAUAACAGCGAUAAAAAUUCAUUUAAUUAUAAUAAUUUAUUGGGCGUUUCAUUUGAUCUUUACGGCGGUUUAGUUUUAUCUGUUUUAAGUGCUAUUGAAUGGUCGAUAGUAUUGUUGGCCACAUAUCCCGAUGUUCAGCAAAGAAUAUACGGAGAGAUUGUUUCAAUUAUAGGUACAACCGAUAGACCGGUUUAUUCACAAAGAAAACAUAUGCCUUACGUUCAGGCAUUCAUGUAUGAAGUGCUUAGAUUUAGAUCAGUCACACCAUUGAAUUUAACCCGAAUUUCAACUGCUGACACUAUAAUUGGUGGACACUUUGUACCAAAAGGUACCCAUAUAUUAGCCAACUUUUGGUCAAUUCAAAACAACCCGAAACUAUGGGACGAACCGAACCGUUUUCGACCCGAAAGAUUCCUCAUAGACGGCGAAACCAAUUUUGCUAAACCCGAACAUUUUAAUCCCUUUUCAAUUGGCAAGAGAUCGUGUCCGGGUGAGGUGUCGGCACUGAUUGAAAUGUUUUUGUAUAUUGUUUUGUUGGUUCAAAAAUAUGAAAUCAAAUCAACAAAAAAUACGGACACAACACUUGAUUAUGUCUUUCAAUUAUCAGUCGCUCCUAAACGAGAACCUGUAGUCUGUUUUGUUAAACGUUUCUAA